AUGGCCCAACAGCGCUCUGCGUGCGACCGGUGCCGCGCACACAAAGUACGAUGUCUACCUGGCUCAGCUGCCUGUCAGCGCUGUGAACGGCUCGACGCAGAGUGCGUUACUGGCCGUGCGAGGCCAUUGGGUCGGCCAAGACGAAAAGCCUCCGAGAAGACAGAGGAGGCUGCGAAAGCCUCCGAGAUGGUGGUCAAUCAAUUCCAUCAGCUCAAUCAGGGCGAAGUGGAGCAGAAUGGGGGUCAAGACAAUGGUCGAAUAAUGAAUGGAAUGUUUGAUCUUGAUUGGAUGAUGCCAGAUCUUAGCUUUGAUCCUAUCCUGCUGCCUGUGCUGGAAGGGGAGGAAUUCGCCGUUCAUACACAUGGCUCGCUCGACGUGUUUGGAUCUGCUGCUUCUACACUUGCGCAACUGAACGAGAGCCUUGCUCGCCAGCUCACACGGUCCAAAUCGUAUCCAUGGGGGUCCCCUGUCUCCCCCGAACCUGGUGGUGUCAACGGGUUGGUGGAGAUUAUGCGGACGACUGUCGAGCUGAUUGACCUGAUUCCUCGUUUAUACGAUAGCUCCGAGUUGGACAACACACCCAGUACGGCCACUGUCCUGCUCCUCCUCUCGACGUACCUACAGGUGAUGGAGGUCUAUGAAGCCAUCUUCCACGGCGUAUACCUGACCUUCUGCCGCACCCCGACCGACCAGAUCGGGCAGUGCUCCGGGCAGGCAGAUUCGCAGUUUCAUGUGGCGGGUAUUGGAGCCGUGCAAGGCCCGCUGCGAGUGAAGAUCCUCAUACAGGUGAUCGAGCACCAUCUUAGCCGGUUAGAGGUGCUUCUUGGCGUUCCUCAUGUUUUCAGAUUGUCAGCGCAGGUAGGGUCGGAUGAACUAUCCUCGUCUGGUGUUCUCGCGAAUGCCUCCUUGAUUCAUGCUGUGAUGACGGAAUCUACUGGACGACCUGGCGAGUCGAUCAUCCUCUCCUUGAAAGAUGGUAUCGCCAAAGUCAAAGAGAGGAUUUCUUGA